AUGCCGAAUCUGAGCUCGAAAACGGACGAGAGACUGGCCAUCAGGGCCGUCGCUUUGCAGGAUCACAUGGCACGCACUUUACACAUGGAGAACGUGUCGCUGCGGGAGCCUGUGAGGAGAAGGUGCUCCAGCGUGCAGAAGAAAGGGAAGCAUAGAGAAAAGACCCCAAGCAUCCAGAACCUUCCGUUGCCUUGUUCACUGGAGGAGGAGUAUGUUCUCGGGCCGAGCCCUCAACCACUGACGUUGGCCCAGAGGCUUGGUCUUGUUGAUGCCCCGCCCAUUUCGCUGACCACACAGGAGUGGGAACACGUCAAGGCCAGGUCGGUGCAGGAAGGUGACUCUGUCCAACCCUGCGUCAUCUGUAGAGAGGAGUUCCGCCUUCAGCCCCAGGUCCUGCUAUCCUGCUCACACGUUUUCCACAGGGCCUGCUUGCACGCGUUUGAGCGGUUUUCUGGGAAGAAGUGCUGUCCCAUGUGCAGGAGGGAGCAGUACGAGACCAGAGUGAUUCACGACGGCGCGCGGAUCUACAGGGAGAAGUGCGCAGUGAGGAUCCAGGCGUGCUGGAGAGGCCACGUUGUUCGGAAGUGGUACAAGGAAAUACGGAAAACGGUGCCGCCAAAGGACAAGCUGUUGAGAAGAAAGUUCUUUGAGAUCAAGCUGCAGGAGGUGAGCGACAGCUUUCUUCAGUCCUGUAACACCAACGUUGAGGAGUUUCUCGACACCCUCGAUGACUCGGUGGAGUUGAGCAGGACCGUGUUCCGUCAGUUUGAGAUGCAGCACAUUUCCACGACGACGGGGCAAAGCUGGGAGGAGAUUCGGCAAAAGGCUCUUCAGAGAGAGACUCUCGACUGCCCCAUCUGCCUUGCCCCGCUGGGACUCGAUGGUGCAGAGACGGGUGGAGACAGACACCGGGUGCGGGCACUGCUGUCCUGCUCACACCUCUUCCACCUUUGCUGUCUGGAGUCCUUUGAGGUCUUUUGCUGGGAUGAAAACCUGCUGUGCCCCUUGUGCCGUUCGCCUUAUCAGAAGAUGAUCAUCUGA